GUAAGCAUUAAUUUUAUAAAAAAGAAGCAGCAUUUUUCUUGGUCUAUCUUGCUCUAUAUAAAUAACUCCUAGUGCAAACCCAAAUCCCAAUCAAUCUGUUCUUUCAAGGCCAAAAUUUGAUCACCUAAUUCAUAGCCAGGAAAAUGGCAGUGCAAAGAGGAUUAGUAUGUUUAGCUGCCAUAGCCAUGCUCUUCCAGUUAGCCAUAGCGGCCAAUCAUACAGUUGGAGCUCCCCGUGGAAGCUGGGAUACAAGCACUGACCUACAAGCUUGGGCUGUAUCUCAAACAUUUUCAGUCGGGGAUAAUCUGAUUUUCAAGUACACGACGAACCAUGAUGUGCUUGAAGUUACGAAGGCAAACUACGACUCGUGCGGAACAAGUAACCCAAUGAAGACACAUACCGGUGGCAACACAGUGAUACCAUUGUCUACCCCAGGAAAGCGAUACUUCAUCUGUGGAACAGCAGGACAUUGUGGCCAAGGAAUGAAGAUUGAAGUAGACACCAGGGCAGCGGCAGCAAAUUCACCAAAAUCGCCUCCUGGGACACCUUCUGGAGGUUCACUACCACCAAAAUCGUCUAACGGGGAAAAUUUGCAUACAUGCAUCACACUGGGAAUUGGACUCAUGCUGAUGCUGGUUUAGGUCCUCUAAGGCCUAAGCCCUUCCGAGAUUCCUUUCUUUUGUGAGGAUCUUUAAAUAAUGUUUUUUUUUUUUAUCUUUGUGAUUCCUUUUUCUGCUUUUUCUUUUCUAUUAAGCAAUUUGUUCCGCUUAUUUUGUGAAUUGGAUUCAUACAAAUAAGUUCUAAUUAUAUCUAAAUUUUUUUGAGAGUAUAUGUAAAA